AUGUCUCAGGCGAUAGGCACCACCAGACCCAUCCGUGGAGGAUUAGCCAGGGCCUCACAAACGCAUGGUGGCUUCUUCUCCAGCCUCUUCUCAGGCCUGUUUGGAACCAGGGAGAUGAGGAUUUUGAUCCUGGGUUUGGAUGGUGCUGGAAAAACGACUAUUUUGUACCGUCUGCAGGUUGGGGAAGUGGUCACCACAAUUCCAACAAUUGGCUUUAAUGUGGAAACGGUCACAUACAAGAACUUGAAAUUCCAAGUGUGGGAUCUAGGAGGCCAAACAAGUAUCCGACCUUACUGGCGGUGCUACUACUCCAACACUGACGCAGUCAUCUACGUGGUCGACAGCAGCGACCGCGACCGGAUGGGUAUCUCCAAGUCUGAGCUCGUGGCCAUGUUGGAGGAGGAGGAGCUGAAGAAAGCCAUCCUGGUGGUGUUUGCAAACAAGCAAGACAUGGACCAAGCAAUGACGCCAGCCGAGGUGGCCAACGCUCUGGGCCUACCUGCUCUCAAAGACAGGAAGUGGCAGAUCUUCAAGACUUCGGCGACCAAAGGGACUGGCUUGGAUGAAGCAAUGGAGUGGCUGGUGGAUUCACUCAAGAGUCGACAGUAA